CACGAACCCCAGACCUUGCCCCUGUUCGCAAAAGGAAAUACGCCCAGGAGACGAACAAUAUCAAGAUCUCUCUAGUGCUAAUUCUAACCAUGAGCCGAGCUAUAUAACUUGAGGCCUGCCCAUCGCAGCUUGUCCCGGCGAUAGAACAUGUUCGUGUAGCCCCCACCGGUUACGGACGACUCAGCGCCGGCAGACUGACUACCUGCGAUGGACAUCACCUCGACGUUGAUACUCCUCGCCACGGCGCCCUAUGCGCAGGCACGCGCUCUCCAUGCUGCCCGGUCCUCGGCUCCAACGGUCGACCUGGGAUACACGACAUACCAGGGCUAUCAUGACGACACGUACGGGCUGAACGUGUGGAAGAGCAUCCGCUAUGCCGCUCCCCCAGUCGGCGACCUGCGGUGGCAAGCCCCCCGGCCGCCAACCGGCAACGGGAGCCUCGUCUCGGCAGUCGACCAGCCCCCUCUGUGCCCUCAGACGGGCGGGUACGGGCUCCCCGUGGAAUUCGGGUUCACCUCUGCCCUGGGCGACGAGGACUGCCUCUUCCUGAACGUCUACGCGGCGCCCAACGCGUCGGACCUGCCCGUCUUCGUCUGGAUACAUGGGGGCGGUUACGGCCUCUUCGGAGCCACGUAUAACCCGAGCGUGUUGAUGAACACCAACAGCAACGAGUUCAUCACCGUUGAGAUCCAGUAUAGGCUCGGCGCGUUUGGAUUCCUGGCUUCGGGGGACGUCAAGGACCACGGCCAGCUGAAUGCUGGUCUUCUGGACCAGAGGCGUGCUCUGGAGUGGGUGCAGGACCAUAUUAGAGAGUUCGGGGGUGAUCCAAGCCGCGUAACGAUCGGUGGUGAAUCCGCAGGGGCUGGUGCGGUAAUGUUCCAUGCUCUUGCGUAUGGCGGCGAGCAGACCGAUCUCUUCAGCAAUGUUAUAGCUGCAAGUCCAUACAGCUACGCCAUCUACGACUAUCGUGAUCCGGUUCCGACAAAUUACUACCGUGAGUUUGCCAAUCUGGCCGGUUGUGGUCAGGACAGCCCGCGUCUUGAGGAGUAUCCGAAUGUCUUCCAGUGCUUGGUCGAGACAGACAGCGAAGUGCUGCAAUAUGCUAGCUUCAACGUCUCGGAAUCUUUUGGAACAUAUGGCAGCUGGGCUUUCCUGCCUGUGAUCGACUACGACUACAUUCAAGAACGGCCGACUGCGCAGUUGUCCAAGGGAUUGGUUGCUGGACGAAGGAUACUAGUUGGGAACAACGCAAACGAAGGAGUGCCUCUGACCAACAUGUCUGUCAAGUCGAGGGCAGACUACGACAACUUCAUAACCAGCAGGUUCCCGCUAUUUUCAGAAUCCGACAGAGGCCAACUCGACAGCGUCUAUCAAAUCGAAAGCUCGGCUGCUGAAAACCCUGAUGCACAAUUUGACACCCUCGGGACAGAAGGUCCUACCGCUCUGACACAGUCCGCAUUCGCCACCGGCAUCCAGCAGGCCGUCCUCAACAUCGGCGCGGAGACGAAUUUCGCCUGCCCCGCGCAGUGGCUGGCCGAGGCUUUCGACCAGGCCGACCUGCAAGCCUGGAAGUACCAGUACUCGGUCACGCCGGCGUACCACGGCGCAGACCUCUCGGCCUACUUCGCAGUCGGCGCGGCGACGCCCAACGCCGACUUCAGCCGGGCGUUCCAGAAAGCCUGGGGCAACUUCAUCGUCCACGAUGACCCGACUAUUACGCUGGAGGAGGCCACCGCCGGGUACGCCAAUGCUUCGGCGCCGGUCGGCGCGGAUGGGGACAUCGACUGGCCGCGUUACACUGCAGAAGAGCCAUACAUGGUCGACUUCAACACGACGGGCGGCGACCUGGUCCAAGUCGUGGCCGGGCCCCUGAGCUUCUACGAGCGCGUCGGGGCCGGCAUCGUCAACAGGUUCCGCCUCGUCGAUGCCCUGUCCUGGGAGGGCGGCAGGGGCGCGAGGUGUGACUUCUGGAAGGAUGUGUCAGCGAGGGUACCGCAAUGACACACGAGAGGCGUGUACAGCCGAGGCCGGAGAACUUAGACAUAUCACCGUAUAACUAGACCAAUUGCGGUUUUUAGA